UGUAUGGUUUUAUACUAGGUUUAGGAGCUCAGCUGAACCAAAGCCACAGUGGCAGGAGAGAGGAGGCGAAGGUGGUCAGUCUGGUGUCUUGGGGUAUGGUUUUGGCUGGAAGAAGAUCUGUUGUAAAGAAUUGACGGCCCAGAGACCCUGAAGCAGCAAAUUCCAGCUCUUUUGUGACACUCACUGUAGAAGUUGUUUGUUCUGACACACAGCUGAUAUUGAACGUUAACUCUAAAGAAACCUGGCCCUGGGUAUCAACCAUCGAUUUCUAUCUUGUUUGCUGGCUGACAGAAGUAGAGUUCUGCUUGUAGUCUAAGUGGACAUUCUAGUGAAAGGUGCACAUCAUGUUCGACUGCAUGGAGGCUCUGGGAGUUGGCUCAAGGCCUCUGUUUGACAUGUCCACCCAGGGGUCAUGCAUGCUGCGAAAGGCUAGCUCCUUCUUCUCUGGUCUAGAACCCUUCUGGACCAACAGCACCAGCCUGCAAUCUGUGGAAACCCAAAGUACAAGUUCAGAGGAGAUGGUGCCCAGUUCACCUUCUCCACCCCCUCCUCCUAGAGUUUAUAAGCCGUGCUUUGUGUGUCAGGACAAGUCCUCAGGCUACCACUAUGGAGUCAGCUCUUGCGAAGGAUGCAAGGGUUUCUUUCGGCGUAGUAUUCAGAAGAACAUGGUGUACACUUGCCAUCGGGAUAAGAACUGCCAGAUCAACAAGGUGACCAGGAACCGUUGCCAGUACUGUCGCCUACAGAAGUGUUUUGAGGUUGGCAUGUCUAAAGAAGCUGUGCGGAAUGACAGAAAUAAGAAGAAGAAAGAUGUGAAGGAGGAGGUUGUGUUGCCAGAAAGUUAUGAGCUGACUGGAGAACUUGAGGAGUUGGUCAACAAAGUCAGCAAAGCUCACAGAGAAACCUGCCCCUCUCUAUGUCAGCUGGGAAAAUACACUACUAACUCGAGUGCAGAUCACAGGGUCCAACUGGAUCUGGGCUUGUGGGAUAAGUUCAGUGAGCUCUCCACUAAGUGCAUUAUUAAGAUAGUGGAGUUUGCAAAGAGACUGCCAGGUUUUACCUCCCUGACCAUUGCAGACCAAAUUACACUGCUUAAAUCUGCCUGCCUUGACAUCCUGAUGCUGCGGAUUUGUACGAGGUACACUCCAGAGCAGGAUACUAUGACAUUCUCGGAUGGGUUGACCCUUAACAGAACGCAAAUGCACAAUGCCGGUUUCGGGCCCCUAACUGACCUUGUGUUUGCCUUCGCUGGCCAGCUUCUUCCUCUUGAGAUGGAUGAUACAGAGACUGGCCUCCUCAGUGCCAUCUGCCUUAUUUGUGGAGACCGCAUGGACUUGGAGGAGCCUCAGAGAGUAGACCAGCUGCAGGAGCCUCUUCUAGAGGCAUUAAAGAUUUAUGCCCGAAGAAGACGCCCCAACAAACCGCACAUGUUCCCCCGUAUGCUCAUGAAGGUCACUGACCUCAGAGGCAUCAGCACUAAAGGAGCAGAACGUGCUAUCACGCUGAAGAUGGAAAUUCCAGGGCCCAUGCCCCCACUCAUCCGGGAGAUGCUGGAGAACCCCGAGGUGGACGAGGAGGGAGGUGAUGCUGGGGAGGGCGUGGCCGCAGGUCCCCCACCUCCUCCUGCCAUCCAGUCCAUAAAGCAGGAGCGAGAUGAAGACUCAGCCCCCGAGGAAGAGGAGGACGAGGAGGAUGAGUGUGGGGAGGAGGACAGAGAGAGGGGGGGGGACAGCGAGGACGAAGGUUGGAGUCUUCUGCAGGUGGAUGUUGGGGGUGCAAGAAAGAGCACAGCUGGAAGAGCACAGUAAUGGAGACUGUGUGUGUGUGUGUGUGUGUGUGUGUGUGUGUGUGUGUGUGCUUGCGCACAUGCACAAUAGAAUGAUUUAUGAGGACCACAACAAUGAAGUCAUACUCUGAAAGCAUGGAACCAGUCUGCAUUCAUAGACAUACAUGUGCACUGAAAACAGUUAUAUGUACUCUAUACAUAAACACUACACAUACACAUAUUGGCAGUCAAAGAUAUAUACCCCAUAAAAUGCUUCUGCUCUAGGUAAACGUGGAAAGAAGCCAUUCCUCAAAACAUAUCGAAUGUUCUUGGAAACCUAAUGACAAUGUGACAGAAGAGAUUAAAUAAUUUGGAACGUGGGACAUGGGACAUGGAACAUUGUAGUUGAUUCUUUUUUUAAAGCACUAAAUUUCUCAUGUAAAUGAGAUGAAAAAGAGAAAGCAAGACAAAGUCACUGCAUCAUUUACUUACUAUAUUUGGAGGGAAUAAACACAUUUAAAAAUGUGGAGAUGCCAAAUGUUUAAGAAUGUGUUGUACAGCCUUGCACUCCACCAGAAGCAUACUUUCAAGCAGUCUCAAAUACACACACACACAAACAAACAAACAAACAAACAAACAAACAAACAAACAGACAUGACCAUGUCAUGCAACACUUUAUGGCCAUCUUACAACUGCAACAAAUUAAUACAGGUUGUUUUUUUUGUUUGUCUGUUUUUUUGUUUUGUUAUUCUUUUUUCCUUUCCACAUAUGAAUUUGUUUUUCU